AUGAAGAUCACACUCGCACGCGUCGCUCUCCUGGUUGCGGUCUUGGGCCGGAGCUCCGAGGCCGUGCAGGUCGAGGAGAACGGCCUGUCCUUCUCUCUGGAGGCCGUCGAGAGGCUCCAGGAGAUGUUCGAGAGCGUCAAGACGCCGCCGCAGAACCCGCGGCUGCGGGCCAGCUCGCCGUCCAUGUGCGAGGACCCCAUGCUGCCCCAGGAGCUGCUGCCCCUGUGCAAGCAGAAGGGGGCGUCGGCCUCACUCGCCAGACUAGCCCUGGUGCCGCUUGACGUCUGCGAGAUUUGCGCCUUUGCUGCCUGCACCGGCUGCUAA